AUGCUGUUGGUAGAGGAAGGAGCAGCGAGUGCACAAGUGACACUCGUUUGUGUGAAUCUGACUGUGUUUAGUGCUCUUCGUGUGACGGAUCGAACCGUAUGCAUGUGUUGUUAUCAGCAGAAGAAGGAGAAGAAGAAGUUUCUUGGCACGAUUGCCUCCAAGGGAUGGGCAGCUUCAUGCCGAGUGCCAUGCCUGGCUGUUUAUCUCUCCGUCUACCGACCCACCCACCCGUCCGUCUCUCGGUCAAUUUGUCUAACACACGACCUCCCUAGCCCUUCUCCGCGUCUAUGUUUCACUCACACUGCGGCGUGA